AUGUGCCAUGUUGAUCGGGAAAAAAAGAAAAUAGUCUAUGGCGACUCACUGGCUUGGAGCGUACCAGUCGACCUCUUGCCUAGAUUAGAGCAAUUCAUCGAGCACAUUUAUGGAGAAUGUCUAUCCAACUACUCCGUUUUCGAGUGUUACACUUCAAGUAACGUUUCCACUGAACGGGAGCACAAAUGUGGAUUCAGCUGUGCAUCUCAAUACCCCCUUCAGACAUGCUCUGAUAUCAGCGGCGUUGUGGUGUUGAUUAUGGCUGUGUACGCCUGUACAGCCCGAUCAUUUUUUUCUGACAUUACCACUUCAGGUCAAUCGCAGGCGGUGUCACCUUCAAAUGUCUUCAUAAACGUGCCCCAACGCGUUAUGCAAAGUACUUGCGUAGAGUGA